GACAAGAAGGGUCUGGCGGGGAAGCAAGCGAGCCUGGAGCGCAAAGCCGUGUACCAGAGGCACGUCCGGACGCCCAGCCUCCUGGCCAAGAGCAUCCUGGAAGGUUACCGUCCUGUUACAACAGACCCUUACCUGGGAGGGAAUUCACCCUUGCCACCCCCUGUAAGUGACAGGAUGAGAAAGAGACGGGCUUUUGCUGAUAAAGAGUUGGAGAACAUUAUGCUAGAGAGAGAGUAUAAAGAGAGAGAGAUGAUGGAAGCCACACAAGCAGCUGCCCUUUUUCUCCCUAACCGCAUGGUGCAUGGAGCUGAAUACAACUCGUUUAAAACAGCCUUCAACACUGCUCAAGCUGAUACUCCAAACAAGGAGUUUUGCAAUUUUUUACCAACCUGCCUUGAUCUAACCAUGCAGUAUUCAGGAUCCAGCAAUAUGGAACUGAUUUCUUCAAAUGUCAGUGUAGCUACUACCUACAGGCAGUAUCCCCUGUCUUCUAGGUUCUUAGUGUGGCCAAAAUGUGGUGGCCCCAUUAGCGAUGCUCUCCUCUACCAGCAAUGCGUGUUAAAUGCUACUACUGUCCAAGCUCUUAAACCUGGGGCAGGUUGGGAUGCCAAGGUCUCACAAAGUCAGGACUGUCCAAACACUGAGCACGACAUCAUGUCUCCAAAACUGGAAAAUUCACUCGUUCUGACCCACAUGCAAGACAUUCAGCAGUCAUGUAAUGAGAUACCGUGCCUUCCUCAGGAAGCUCGUGAGAGGUCAGCUUUCUCUCCUCCAAAAAGGACUUUCUCUCAGAUUUCUGAUAAGGAUUCUCUGGCUCCUCAGGAACAGGUAUUAAGCAAGAUCAGCAAAGACAGUACCAAGCCCCCUCCACCACUCAAAUACAAUCCAUUUCAGUCGCUGUUCCAGCAAACAUUUCCUGACAGAUCAGGAGCAGAGUUGAGAACACCAUUUGUGAAAGAGACUUUUGAAGAUGCUUCUAAGAAAUACAGAGAGUGUGCCAUUAAAGAGAACAAAAAAUACAAGUUUACAAUAGACAAAUGUGCAGAAGACUUCUUUGGGGCCAAACAGGCCACAUCAAAACUUUCAGCAACUGAGCCACUGUCAUUUUCAGUUGAAUCCAUCCUUAAACGACCUUCUUCUGCAGUUGCUAAUGUCUCUCAAUGA